UCCAGCUGUGCUAAAGUAUCCGGACUCUCCCAGAACAUAGCAGACGGGCUGCUGUCCUUUUUCCUAUGCGCAAAUAUCCCGGAGCUAGCUUGGCUUGUCCCGGGAAUCCCGAGCGCCUGACAGGUCAUGGGUGUGCAUGGUCUGACAACAUAUGUGGAGGGGAACAGAAACUUCCUCCAAGAUGUAAAGUUCAGGGACAGUCGCCUGGUUAUUGAUGGUUGCAGUCUGUACUUCCGCCUUUACUUCAACCACGGGUUGGACCAGCAACAUGGAGGAGACUACGAUGCUUUUUCUUGCCUUCUCAGCCAGUUCCUCUCUGCUUUGGCAGCCUGUAACAUCCAGCCGUAUGUGGUGCUGGAUGGAGGGAUGGACCCCAGUGACAAGAAGUUUCCCACACUGCGGCAGCGUCUGCAGUCCAAGAUAAGGGACGCAGACAAUAUAUCUCAUGGCCGUAAUGGCUCUGUCCUCCCAAUCCUCGCAAGAGAUGUCUUCAUUCAGGUCCUCAUGCAGAGAGGAAUCCCACUGGUUCAGUGUCCAGCUGAGGCUGACUGGGAAAUUGCAUGUUUGGCAUACCAGUGGAAAUGCCCAGUGCUGACCAAUGACAGUGAUUUUUACAUCUUUGACCUUCCAGGUGGUUAUUUGCCACUUCGUUUUUUUCAGUGGAACAAUCUUAACGGAAAAGCCUCUCACCGCUACAUCUCAGCUCGGCUCUACACCACUAAUAAUUUGUGUCGCUGGUUUGGGGGCAUGAACCGUGACUUGCUACCGUUGUGUGCUGUCCUAGCUGGUAAUGACUACGGUGCUCCAAGAGAGUCUGAAACCCUCCUUGCUCUGAUAGAUGUGUCUGCAUCAGGAAGAGGUGGUGGUAGAGGCAGAGCACCCACUUCCCGUAUUGAGAGCCUCCUAAUUUGGCUGUCCUCGUUUCCAAGUGUGGCGGAGGCCCUGGAUGAAGUGAGCAGGCUCAUGGGUGACGAGCGUGGGAGGGGCAGGAAAGGACAGAAGACUGGGCUCAGCUCACAGCUGUGGGCAGCUAUGCAGGAGUACCACAUCAACGCACAAAGCUCUCUGGCUCGCUGGUUCUCUGGAGGUAGCGGAGCUCUAGGCGGAAAGACAUCUUGCCUGGCUCAGCUGCCAGAGUACCUGUCAAUGGCUGCAGCACAGGGACAGUUGGCUCCCUUAGUUGUUGAUGCUUUGGUGAUGAAGAGGGUUAUUCUCAUCCCACAAGUGGAGAACAGUAAGCUAGCCAGCAGCCAUUGCAGUUCCAGAGCCAUACGCCAGGCUGUAUAUGGCAUAUUACUGCAGAAAGUUCAAGAUGCAUCUCAAGGCAGAGAUGGAGGCACACGAGGACCAGAAAUUAGAGGUGGGAGAGGGCGAGGAGGAAGGGGGAAUGGGGGCAGAGGUCACAAUAUGACUGCAGCAGCUGGUGUAGCUUCAGUGCAUGCGCAGGGCUUUAACACUUCAGUUUUUGUUGAGGAGUAUGACCGUUUGGACCUGAAUUUAAAGAAAAACCAAGUGGAGGCACAUUCCCUUAGGAACCAUAUACAUCUGGAUGGGCUCAGUCAAGCUCCUGUGGCAGCUCGACUUGGUGUCUUGUUAGAGGUCUUGGGGGUGAGGGAGUCCACUCUGCACUCCACUCCUUACCACCUGCAUCUGGCUGUAGCAGUGACACAAUUCUGGUUGCGAGAAGCCGUACCUACACCCUCACAGCCCCUUCUGCAGGCUUUGGUGCUUGGCAUGGUUUAUGGGGAACUGUCCUUGAACAACCAACCUGGAGCUACCCAACGCCAACAUCCUGCACCACUGCCGAACUGGGCUGCAGAGCGAAAUGUGUGUGCAGCACUGGAUCGAAAGAGAGUGAGACCAGGGGAGAGAAAAGGACUGGACAUCGGGGUGGCUCACAGUAUUAGCCAGUGGCAGUCUUGCCUCUGGAGUGCACUGUGUCUCAAUCAGCUGUUGCUGAUGCCACUGCCUCAGCCCAAUCUCUCAUGGUUGUUCAGUGGUACCUUGGUACACGGCCUCCUCAGGCUCCUUAAAGGAGGCCAGGCUGCUGAGUCCCUGCUACCUUGGGGAUCCUUAUCUGCACAACUCUACUCCUGUCUCCUGGAUGCUGUGAAGGACUGCAGCUUCAAAGGAAAUCCUUCCUCGGGGAAGAAGAAGAGAGGCAGAGGGCGAGGAAGGAAAGGAAGAGGUGGAGGUGGAAGAGGAGCUCAGGGUGGAGUUAGAGAUACAGAGGAGAUGAACAACAAGUUUGCUCUCCUGAUGAGUGACGAAGAGUAUGAUGAUUAAUAGCGAGGCAGAGGAAAAAUGAGCAAACAUAAAACAGUUGCAAGGGUCCAAAACUCUGGGAUGCUCAGGGAAUGCUGUAAUUUAGUGGGGAAUAAUGCUUUUUU